CCUCCCCUCCCGUCCUCCUCCUCCUCCUCCAGACUCCCGGCUCCCUUUCUCUUUUCUAUAAAGCGCAGAGCUCCCCAGUCCCACUCCCCCUCCCCGUCCCGCAACAGCCAAACGCCACCGACCUCCUCGGCCUCCGCUCCUCGCUCCAACACCCAGCGUCCCAGCCAUGAAGCGGCUCCUGAGGCGGCUGUCCCGCACGGUGGCGGCGGCGGGCGAGGACGGCGGCGGCGGCCCGGCGCCGGUGGCGCGGCCUCGCAGGAGGAAGGGGAAGAAGAAGAAGAAGGCGGCGGAGGGUGCGGUGCCGGAGGGCCACGUGCCCGUGUGCGUGGGGGAGGAAGGCGGGCCCGUGGAGCGCUUCGCGGUGCGCGCCGAACUGCUGGGGGAGCCGCCGUUCGCCGCGCUCCUCCGCCGCGCCGCGCAGGAGUACGGGUACGCGCACCCGGGGGCGCUCCGCAUCCCUUGCCCCGUCGCCGACUUCCGCCGCCUCCUGCUCCGCCUCUCCCACGACCCCUCGCCAGCCGCCGGAUGCCACGCUUAGAGCGCCGCCCCCUACCCUCGCUCCCGCCGCCGCUGGAGAGAGAGUGGAGAGACGCGCAGCCGCCUGCGCUUUUACGGUUUUACCCCCUAGGUACAAUCUUUUUGGAUGUACAAGGGUGGAGGGCAGGACGGGGAUCUGGGCUGCACUGGUGCUCUAGAUCUUUUUCUCUCUUUUUUUUUUUUUUUUUUUUACCGCUAGCCAGUGUAGUAGUAGAGUAGUAGUACUAGCAGUUGCUGCUUGAUGGAAGAACUACAGCCGGGUGUCAUUUUUGUUUACCCCUCUUCUAGUUCUAGGAAUUGCAGUGUUUGCAGUGUGUGUUUGUGUGGGGUUUGUGCUAGAGAAUCUGGUUGGAGAAUUCGGCAUUAACCAUACAUGUAAUCCUCAUUGUGAUUCAUAUUAUUAUUGAGUGAGGUAGUAGUAAUUCUCAUUCCUUAGCACUACAUACAUCAUUAUUGUUUUCAAA